GUAAACAAACACUGAAGAAGAAGAAGAAGGCGUGAAGGCGAGGCGGAGGAGAGGCUGCUUGUUCGCCUUUCUCUGGCUGCGUGUGUGUCGCCCCGUGCCGCGCGUGUGUGCCUGGUGUGUGCGUGCCUGGCCAUGGAGGCUGCAGGGGCGGGCGCCGGGCGGAACACGAGAUACAUGAUGGAGGGGGUCGGCGCCAGGGUCAUCAGGGGCCCGGACUGGAAGUGGGGGAAGCAGGAUGGUGGUGAGGGCCAUGUGGGCACUGUCCGUAACUUUGAGUCUCCUGAGGAGGUGGUGGUGGUGUGGGACAACGGCACGGCUGCCAACUACCGCUGUGCUGGUGCCUACGAUCUGCGAGUGCUCGACUCAGCCCCGACAGGUGUGAAGCAUGAGGGCACCAUGUGUGAUACCUGCCGGCAGCAACCCAUCUUUGGCAUCCGCUGGAAGUGUGCCGAGUGCAGCAACUACGACCUCUGCUCCGUGUGCUACCAUAGUGACAAGCAUAACCCCAGACACCGCUUCUACCGCAUCACCACCAUCGGCUGUGAGAGGGUUCUUCUGGAGCCAAGGCGGAAGAGCAAGAAGAUCGGCAUCCGGGGCAUCUUUCCCGGGGCCAGGGUGGUGCGGGGCGUGGACUGGCAGUGGGAGGACCAGGACGGGGGCAACGGGAGGCGGGGGAAGGUGUCGGAGAUCCAAGACUGGUCAGCUGCUUCGCCCCGCUCGGCCGCCUAUGUGAUAUGGGACAAUGGGGCCAAGAACCUGUACCGUGUGGGGUUUGAGGGCAUGGCUGACUUGAAGGUGGUGAAUGACGCCAAGGGAGGAACAGUGUACCGGGACCACCUGCCCAUGCUGGGGGAACAAAACCCAGGACGCUCAGGGCCCCACGGCCUUGCUAUCGGAGACCAAGUAAGUGUUAAUGUGGACCUGGAGCUUGAGAUUGUGCAGUCGCUCCAGCACGGCCACGGAGGCUGGACAGACGGCAUGUUUGAGUGCCUCGGGACCACCGGCACCGUGGUGGGCAUCGAUGAAGAUCAUGACAUCGUGGUGGCCUACCCCUCCGGCAACAGGUGGACGUUCAACCCUGCGGUAUUGACCAAGGUGGGCGGGGGUGUGGUGGUGAGCAGCGAGACCAGCACCAGCCAACAGUUCAGUGUGGGGGACCUUGUGCAGAUCUGUGCCGACCUGGAGCGCAUCAAGAUACUUCAGCGUGGCCACGGGGAGUGGGCCGAGGCCAUGGUCCCGACACUCGGCAAGAUCGGGCGCGUGCAGCAGAUUUACCACGAUAACGACCUGAAGGUGGAGGUGUGCGGCACAUCCUGGACCUACAAUCCCGCUGCUGUCACCAAAGUGUCCUCCGAUGGGGCGGUUCCAGGGGCAGCUAGUGGGGAGAGAUUAAGUGCUCUGCUGAAGAAGAUAUUUGAAGCCCAUGUGUCUGGGGACUUGACGGAAGAGUUGGUGAAGGCUGCAGCUACUGGGGAUGCACAGAAGGUUGAUGAGCUCCUGAAGAAGGGCGACGUUGAUGUGAAUGGCGUGUUUGCCGGCCACACGGCGCUUCAGGCAGCCAGCCAGAACGGCCACCUGGAGGUCAUCCACAUCCUCCUACGCAACAACGCCCACGUGGAGAAGGAGGACAAGGAUGGUGACCGGGCCAUCCACCACGCAGCUUACGGGGAUGAACCAGCUGUGGUGCAGCUACUGGCGGAGGACGGGGCGGACCUCAAUGCCCGCAGCAAGAGGCGGCAGACGCCCCUCCACGUGGCAGUGAACAAGGGCCACGUGGGGGUGGUGAAGACCCUCCUGGAGCUUGGCGGCCACCCCAGCCUGCAGGACCACGAAGGGGACACGCCUCUGCAUGAUGCUGUGUCUAAAAAACGUGAUGACAUCCUGACGCUGCUGCUGGACCACGCGGCUGACAUCACCCUCACCAACAACAACGGCUUCAACUCCCUCCACCAUGCAGCUCUCCGCGGCAAUCCAAGGUGAGGAC